AGCAACCUGCUUAUAAAAAGAGCAAUACGAGCUUAUCGUGAAUCUAGUAACACUCGAAAUGCAGUUCAUGAAAGUUAUCUUCUUGCUGAGCUGUCUCCUGAUUGUGGGACAUACUCAUGUCAAUGCAGCUGGACUCGAUCUGUUCAAGAUAUUGGACUGCGGUGAAAUUGCAAUCGCGGCUGGCGGCUACGUAGCUGUGAGGGCCGUGCCCUUAGUAAAGGACUUGGCCAAAUGCACAAACUUCAAUACCGAUGCAAAUGCCAAUCUCGAUAUCAAGGGUUUCAUCGAGGUUGUGAACCAGUUCCUGAAACAAACAAGUGGCAGUCCGAAGUGUUUGAAGACAACGCUGGACACAAUUAAGGGCUACGUCGAACCGUUUGUGAAACAAAUCACCGAAGCGAAAUGCUUCCCCUAGACACAUUCACGUUGUAAACUGGUUCAAUAAAGUGCUUCCAAUUUUUCACAUUA